AUGCUUGCACACGCUCGUUACCUUUUAAUUCCUGCCCUUCUUUUCAGUCCGGCAUCAGCUGCUCAAUCAUGGAAUAGCUGGGAGGAUUCUGACACAACCGUGACCAAGGUUGUCACGUCCACUCAUUACGUUUGCCCUUGCGAUACUUCUAAUACCGGCUGGUUCGAAUGGUCGACUUCGCCUUCUGCACCAGCUGCACCUACCUGCGCCCACGAAGACGGCACUGUUUCCGGGGAAUGUGUCUGGGGAUCAGGGCCAACGUCCAGCGCUCAUGGUGAUCACGGCGGUCACGGUGUAUCUGGUACUUGGACAGGCCCGGAUGGCGCAGCCUCGUCUACGCAUUGGGGGCAUUCGACGAGCAUUUUGAAAACAAUCAAAACCCAUCCCGCGCUUACGUCGCACAGAAACAACGAGUCCCUCUUCAGCUGCACCUGUCACCACGUGGACGACGUCGACGGCUACGACAGAGUCUCCUACAUCGACUACGUCAACGCCGUCAACUUCAUCAACUUCAUCAACGCCGUCAAGCAUAUCGACUACAUCAGCAACGUCAGCCUCGCCAGCGACAUCGAUUCCGCCAAGGAUAUCAACUUCGUCAAGCAUAUCGACGAUACUAACGACAUCAACUUCAUCUCCUACAUCAAGUAUAUCGACAACAACGACACUGUCUACCACAUCGGCUCCAUCGACGACAUCAACUAUAUCCACGAGAUCGAUUCCGUCAACAAUAUCAACAUCUACAACAUCAAGCCCAUCAACAACGUCAAGUAUAUCGACAGAAUCGACAACAUCUAUUCUAUCAACAACAUCGAGUUCGACAACAACUUCAACGUCGACAACGACAACGGAUCCACCAAACACAUCAACAUCGACUUCGACAACAACGACGGACCCGCCAAACACAUCAACCUCGACCACGACAACGGAUCCACCAAACACACCCACCACCUCUACCACGUCGACUACAUCAGAGACGACCACAACAACAUCACCUAUUCUCACCACCUCCGCCACCACGAUUCACCAGCAGCCACAUCCUCCAUCUGCAGCGCCGCCCAAGCCCAAUCCUGCGCCGCCGCAAGCGGCGACCAAUGCAUAUGCAACGUCCGACCCGACGGCGUGACACCCGUCUGCACCUCCGGCGGCGCCUACUGCCUGUUCGCCGGCGUGACCUGCUCAACCGACGCCGAUUGCGAGUACGGGUACACCACAUGCGUGAAAAACGACGGCCUCUUUGGUGCUGCGUGUACUUCGCCCAACUAUUGCGGAGCGGCAGGGACGUGCGCCCAGCCCGCGGCGGGAGGCGCCAAGAGAAAUCUGGAAGACGUCUUUCGGGCGGCGGCCGGAGGAGGAGUGGUGGACGAGUUGCCUUCCGCCGCUGGGAGACGGAGCGAGUUUGGUCUCAUAGGUGGGAAGUGGGCUGUGGUUGCUUACACCUGA